CGGAUGUGAAAAUAUGGAGGUGGAAGUUCAAAUCGGGUGGCUUUGGAUGUGGCCGAGGAAGAGGUUGUGGAUCUCGAAAAAGUCGAGAUAGUAAUAAACAUGUCCAACGAGAUGUCAUUUUACAUAUUACGGGUGUUAAGAACAAUAAAAAAUGGUUGAGAGAAAACUUUGGAUGUGACUGUGGUGGAGGUCAAGAUGGUUUGAAAAAAAAGGUGAUGAAACGUUGUUGUGAGUGAGGAGUGUAAAUAAACGAUUAAGAGGUGAUUGUUUGGUUCAUUGUUUAUUUAGCAGGCCAAUUUAUCACGGGUUGAUCUUUUUUAGUUUGUUUCAUUUAGCGUUUGGUUAAAGAAUUACAAGUCAAGGGUUUUAGGGGACGUUUGUUUCGCAUGGUUCCAAAGGAAUUAAAGGGAAUUGGAAACUAAAUUCAAAGGGAAAGCGUGUUCGGCUUAUGGAAUGAAUGGAAUUCGAUUUCCAUAAUACCAAUUUCAUUCCUUAUUUGAAAGAUUUCCAAUUCUUCCGUCUUUAUUCAAGAUUCUAAAUUCAAUUCCUUAUUUGUCUUCCUAUUAUCUAUGCGAUGCGAGAAAUAAAAAAAAAUCAUCUCUUUCGUUUUCAUAUCUUUUCCAGUAUUACGUUCUCCCUGAUUAUAUAUUUCCUCAUUGGCAAUUUCCAAACAAUUUACAUAUUUCGAUUGCUGCUGUUGUGACAUCGUAUUUUCUGUGGUUCAACUGUUCUUCGUAGUUGUUGUAUCAUCUCCAUUUACAGUUACUACAAAUAUAUAGAAGUGGUAAACCACGUAUCAAAAACAUAUCGUCGAAUGUGGAUCGGCAAGCAAUAUUGCAUAAAUACGCUUACAAAAGCGACACUACAUGCAUAUCACACGUUAGGAUGACUUGCAGAUGUUUCACAAAGUUGUGUGAAAUGCUUCACACAUUAGGUGGGUUAAGAACAACUAGACAUAUGGAUAUUGAUGAGCAAGUGGCCAUAUUUCUUCACAUUAUUGCACAUAAUGUGAAGAAUCGGGUCAUGAUAGGUCGUUUCCAGCGUUCUGGAGAAACAAUUAGCAAAAUUGUUACUCGAGUUUGCAAUGCGGUGAUAAGGUUGCAUCCACAUUUGCUUAAGAAACUCGAACCUAUUACAGAAAACUCUACGGAUCAAAGAUGGAAGUGGUUCAAGAACUGUCUGGGAGCUUUAGAUGGAACACACAUAAAGUGCUUAGUGCCACUUAAAGACAAGGCUAAAUAUAGGACAAGAAAAAAUGAUAUUGCCACAAAUGUCUUAGGGGUGUGUUCACAAGAUAUGCAUUUUAUCUAUGUUUUAUCGGGAUGGGAGGGCUCGGCUGCGGAUGGUAGAGUGCUUCGAGAUGCCCUACUUAGGACACAUGGAUUGAAGGUCCCGAGACCGGGUUAUUAUUUGGUAGAUGCUGGUUAUACAAAUGGUGAAGGUUUCUUAUCCCUGUAUAGAGGUCAAAGAUAUCAUUUGAAUGAUUAGCGUGUUGGACACCAACCAACUACACCUAAAGAAUGAUUUAACAUGAGACAUUCAUCUGCGAGAAAUUUUAUAGAAAGAUGUUUUGGUAUUUUGAAGGCAAGAUGGGGAAUUUUAAGGGACAACUCACAUUAUCCAAUUGAUCUAACAAAUAAGAUUAUAAUGGCAUGUUGUCUUCUUCAUAAUUAUAUAAGGCAGGAAAUGACAAUUGAUCCAUUUGAGAACCGAUUUGAACUAGAUGAGGGAACCGGAGAUGUCGGUGGUGGAGACGAUGAUCAUAUCACUACUGUUGGUGUAUCAACCGAGUGGACUACAUUUAGAAACAAUUUAGCGCAAAUAAGUGUGAUGGAAAAAAGCAUAAACUAUUGCAACUGGACAAUAACUGAAGAUGCCAAGCUCGUGGAAGCAUUGGUAUAUAUGGUGAACAUGGGAGGAUUUAAAGCGGAUAAUGGUUUUAAAUCUGGAUACUUACAACAUCUAGAAACGGCAUUGAAGGAAAAAAUUCCUAACUCUGGCAUAUUGGGUAAACCCCACAUUGAGUCAAGGAUCAAAACCAUGAAAAAAGAUUGGCAAGUCGUUUAUGAUAUGGUGAAUGGUACGAACACAAGCGGUUUUGGUUAUGAUAGCUCCACUCAUUCUGUAACAGCUGAACCAACGGUUUGGGAUUCUUACAUACAGGUUCAUAAAGAGGCAGGAAAAUGGAGAAAUAAGAUAUUUCCUCAUUGCGAGGAUUUAUGUAUCAUCUUUGAGAAGGAUAGAGCUCAAGGGGAUAAAGCCAAGGAUUUUGCCCAAAUGGAAGAAGAUGCAAACAAUGAAGAACAAUUUGAACAAAUAGAAGAUGGCUUUGAAGAUCAAACCACAGAAAAUGAAGAAUCUUCAAACAUAGGCUCAAAGAAGAGAAAAAGAGUUGAUGUUGUUAUUAAGGGAAUAACCAUUGCAGCUAACCUCCUUGGAGAAAAUCUUGAAAAAGCAGCUAAUAGCAUGAAUCAAGCAAUACUAGGAGAAACAGAAGUACAAAAAAAAAGCUUCGAUGGUGAUUCCUGAAAUUUCAAAAAUGCAGUCAUUGAGUGCCUUGGAUAGGUUCAAAGCAAGUAGGAAAAUAAUGCGUUAUCCGGAAACCGUAUUAAGUUUUUGAAAUUUGGAUGGAGAAGAUCGGGAGGAUUUUGUGAGGUUCAUGUUGGAAGAGUAAUAUGAUUACGAACUAGGUAUCUAGAUAUUAUUUUAAAUAGUGCUUGGUUAACUUAUUUUUGUUUUUUCCUUUUUUUAAUUUUAGAUUGGAAAUAAUGAAUGACA